GUAAAUUUGGUGCAAUGAUGGAAGUUAAUAUUCAAAAUUCUGGACCAGUAACUUUGGAAAUAGAAUCUUCAGUUCUCUCGGAUUGAAAAAAAAAAUAAAUUUAAACAUAUAUUUUUGUUAAAAUAUUGCAUGCUGCUGGAAUUGUAUGUUUAAACAAAUUUCCUUAUGUUUAUAAUAAUAUUUCAUAUCUCGUGUUGUCACUUGUGCCUUAAUUUUGUGUGAUUUUAUAAAUGUAAAUAUGAAUAAUAAAAAGGUCCAGGAGAAAAAUGAGAAUUCAAAUAAUAUAAAUUCUAAUGUUAAUCCAGAUAAUUUAAAAAAAAGUGAAAUGGAUGUUUUAAAAAAAACUGAUAAAGAAACUCCAAAAACGAAAUUAAAAAAUGACACUGAAGAAGUUAGUAAUUUAUCAAAAACGUCACCGUUAAAAACGCGAAAAGAAGAGAGAAAAUCGGAAACAGUUGAUGAUUUAAAAUUACAAUUAAAUACGUUAAUGAAUUCACUGGCGACUCUUUCUGCAGAAAAGUCAAAAAUGGAAGCUCAAUUUCAAAUUGAUAAAAAGCAAUUAAGAAGCGAUCGAGAAGAAAAUGAAAAAGUAAUCAAAGAUUUAAAAGAUAAACUAAAAUAUGCCCAAAAUAAUUCACAUUCGGAAAUGGAGCAUUUAAAGUAUAAAUUAAUUAUGGAGAGACAUGAAAGAGAAAAGGAGCACUCUGAUCAUUCUGCAAUAAUGAAAGAACUUCAAAAGGUCGUUAACAAUGAACGACGAAUUCGUGAACAAUUGGAAGGGCAAAUAAAGGAUUUAAAAGGACAUGUAUCGAAUAAAUCACAGAAUAAAGUUUUAGAAGCCGAAUUAGAAAUAAUGAAAAAUAAAUUGAAACAUGCAGAAGCUGCAGCUAAAGAGACUCCGCCAUUGCUUCUUUCCUUGCAAGCCGAAAUGACAGCAAUGAAAAAGCAACAUCGUUCCGCGAUACACGAUGAGCAAAAGAAAGCAACAGCUGCUCAACAACAUGCAAGAGCUCUUGCAAUGGUUCAUGAAAAACGUGUAGCAAGUUUAGAAGCUCGAUUGGCAGAACUUUCAGAAACUGUUGGUGGUUAUGAUAGAGCCAGACAGCAAGAUCAACAGGCAAUUCAAAAAUUAAAAGAUCAAUUAACAUAUCUUGAAAAUAUUGACUAUAGUGAUCAUUUUAGUAAUGAUUUUUCCAAAGAUCCAAAAAAAAUUGUUUCAAACAUACGUGAACAAUAUACACUUCUAAUGAAUUUAGACAGAGAACAUUCUUUUGCCAAUGUUAAAGAUUUAUUAAACAGUUUAAAUUUGAGUGAUGCCAGUCAGGAUCAUGGGAAUAAAUACGAGAGUCUUUUAGAAGAAUUUGAAGAACUUAAGCGUCAGAAAGUUGUAUCGAGCAAUAAUACAACGAAAAAUGAAAUGGCAAAUAGUUUUAAAAAUUCUAACGAAAAUUCAAAUGAAUGCGCUCAAUUACAACGUAUUAAAACACAUAAUAAAAAUUUAGAAGAGAGAAUACGAUUAUUAAACGAAGAGAUUGCUAAACGAGAGCAAGAAUUCAAAGUCAAAUUAGAAAAUCAACAUAAAAUAUUGCAAGAUGAACGUAUAAAAUAUGAGAGACUAAUGAAUCAAAAGGAUAAUGAAUAUCGAGGAAAAAUUGUAGCACUUGAACAUCAAUUAUUGCGACAAAGAGAACGAUCAUUAGCCGUUAUUAAUGAGAAGGAUCAAGAAAUUUUAACAUUAAAAUCCUCUUUUCAGGCCUUAUUACCAAAUAAAGGAUCAUCAUUUUCUGAUAAUAAAAUUCAUCAUUCAUCUGUUGAUGUUAACAGUGAGCCAUCAGCUGAUUUGGUAACUGGAUUGUUAACCACAGACAAUAAUCCUCCAAUGUUGCAUUACGCUCAAGAAUUAGCGAGACGUGAAAUAGAAGUUUCAAAUUUACGAAAACAAAAUGUUGAACUUGAGGCAAUGCUACGAGAAAAACAACGUGAUCUUUUUCACGAAACAGAAAGACACAAAGAUGAAUUAAAAAAAUUACAGUCUCAAAUAACCAGAUUGGAAGCAUGCAAAUCGAGGGAAGGAGCUAAUCUAGAGUAUCUUAAGAAUGUAAUUGUUAAUUAUUUGAUAACCAGUGAUCCAUCAAGUAAAAGACAUAUGUUAAAUGCAAUUUCGACAGUAUUACAUUUCACGGCUGAAGAAACGGAAAAAAUUCGUCGAGUUAAGUAGCAAAAAAAUAAAAAUUUAAUAAAAGUUUUUACACUAAAAUAAAUAGUUUUUUCAGAUAAAAAUGAUAAUUUUUUUUUGGUGGAAUUUAAGAAAAAACAUUAUGAAGAUGAUGUCCUCGAACAUUGAAUAUAUUUUGCCUCCUUUACAUUUUUUUUCUUUUUUUCUUUUUUUUUUUUUGUAAAAUAAUUGUACAGCAUACUCGAAUACCCAUUUCGAAUGUACACUUUUUUUUUUAAAACGAAGGAAAAGAAACAAUUUCAACUAAAUCAUUCAGUCAGACACAAUGGAAGAAUUACGUAUUGACUUUCUUUCUAUCCCAUGUCGUUCAUAAAUAGACAUUUUUGUUAAUAUUUUUAUACCAAAAAGUUGAGUGCUUAAUCCUUAUACAUAUUCACGGAAAAAAAAAAAUCUUCCUUUUUUGUUAAAUUAAUAAGUUUGAAAAGUACUUUCUUACUAAUGAUCCAAGAAGCAGAAUUUUCUCAUAAAUUAAACUAUUUUGUUAAUCAUUUUUUUUUUCGAUAACAUUUGGCUAUUUUAAAAAUAAUUUUAUUUACAAGUAGAAUCUUGAUAAGUCAAAGAAAAAAAAAUUUUUUUUUUGUUCCCUUCCUUUUAACAAAUUUGUUCAAACUACAUUUUUAAAACACUCCCGUUAAAAUUCGAUUUAACAAGGUUCUACUUUUAGAAAAAGCACUUCAGUCCUCUUUUUUAAUAAUAAACUCAUUCUCCCUUAAAUUCUACUUCUUGCUAAUCAUUUUUUUUUUUUCAAAAACAUGGACACAUUUAAUAUUUUCUUUUUAUACACUUAUAAAUAAAAAUUUUCUAUAAUUUUUUCUACAAUUUUUUUUUUCAUAUAUAAAAUUAUAGUGCACUCUUGCCUUCUGUUAUACAAAAUUGAUAUCACAGGCUUCGAAUCUCGAAUAAAGAAAGAAAUUUUCAUAAUUAUCAAAAAUAUUCAUAAAUAAAAUGAUAAAUUUUCAAUUUUUUUGUCAUUUUUAAAUUAAAUUAGAAAUCAAUUAAAUUAUUUAAUGAGGUUUUUUAAAAAAAUUUUGAAAUUGAGAUCAAAAAGCGUGUGAUAUCAUUGGAUAAAUUGUCACUGAUUAAUUUCUCUCCAAACAUACAUUUUGACAUGAUGUCAUAAUAUUCAAAAACUAGAACAUCUGCGUGCGCCAGAAACAAAUUUGGUCCGACGAACUGGUUUUUUUUUUCAUUAAUUUUUUUUUGUCUGGACAUUGGAGUUAAAACCUACCAAUCACGAUUAAUUUUUUUUUCAAACUAGAGAUUUAAAUGCGAAAAUAUUGUGUCUCGAAUUCAUUUUUUCCGUUUAUAUUCUUCAUUUCUAAAUUAAAUUCUAAUUUCUAAAUUUAGAACCUUCUAAAUGUUUUUCUUUUUUUUAUUAUUAUAUAUAAAAUUUAUAGCAUCUUGUAUUAAAAAUUAAUAUUUUAUCAAACACUGAAAGGCUUUUCGCAUUUUAAUCUCUCGUUGAAUUUAAAGAGAAAAAGAGGCCGGUAAGACUUAAUUAACAGCGAAGUGGAUGAGGAGGAAGCUACAAACUUUUACAAUUAUUGAAAGGCGAACAGGUCUCUCUUCUUUUUUUUUUAUUAUUACAAUGCCAUUCCUUUCUAAAUUUUUCGCUUGUUAAGUACAAUUUGUGAUUAAGAAAAAAAAGAAAAUAAAAUCUCUUACUAGUUUCUUCAUUUUUAAUUUAACAAUUAAUUCAUUUUUAAAUUUUAAAAAUAAUUGAUGGUCCCGUCAAGCUUAACAAAUGCAAUUUAACAAUCGAUCAGUUUAAAUAAUUAAUAAAUAUGUUUUUUUUAUUGUUUUAAAAGGGGAAAUCCAUUAAAAACAAUAAAUUACUUUAAUUAAUUUAAAAAUUAAGUUAAUUAUAAAUUUCAAAGAUAAAAAACAAAUUAAAAAUUUUUUU